UUCCUCUUCUUCCUCCGCCAACCGUCGAAACUCAGAAGGCAAUGUAUCGCCAUAAACUCCGGCGCUCCCUCCACAGCUAACCAAUUGAACCUUUUGCCCGCGGAUGCAUUGCCCAGAAAAGGGAAGCCCCCCAACCCCUUAAUUCCAUUCACCCAUCCCCUUCUUUCUCCUCUCAACCCCAAGUCACACCACCAAAAACAAAUCUCUAUGUCUCUCUCCACGGCGAGGAUGGCGAGCCUUUUCCGGCGUCUCUCCCUCUUCCUGCUGCUGCUGCUACCGGCGGCGUUCCUUCUCUCCGAGGCCUCGGACCUGCUGAUCGACUCGCCCCUUCUGUCGUCUAAGGUGGACAGCAAGAUCAUGAUGAAGGUGGACCCCGAGGGGAAGGGCAACUUCACCUCCGUCCAGGAAGCCGUCGACGCCGUCCCCGAGGGCAAUUCCGAGUGGAUCAUCAUCCACCUCAAGAGAGGCGUCUACAGGGAGAAGGUGACCAUCCCAGAGAGCAAGCCUUUCAUCUUCUUGAGAGGGAACGGGAAGGGGAAGACGACCAUCAUUUGGAAUGGGAGCGCAGCCAAGGAGGCCGACUCUUCAUCUUCAGCCACCUUCACGGUCCUUGCGUCAAACUUCAUUGCGUGGGGCGUCAGCUUCAAGAAUGAUGCUCCAAGUGGAGCGGCAGGAUCUCCCUUCAAUCAGUCAGUUGCAGUUGUUGUUGGAGGAGAUAAAUCUGCCUUCUACCACUGUGGGUUCUAUAGCGCCCACAACACUCUGUUCGACUACAAAGGAAGACAUUUUUAUGAGUCCUGCUACAUUCAAGGCUCGAUCGAUUUCAUCUAUGGCCAGGCUCAGUCGCUCUUCAAGAGCUGUGAGAUCUUUGUUGUGGCUGACAAGCGAUCAGAGAUACUUGGUUCCAUCACAGCUCAGAACAGGCAAUACCCGGAACAGAAUGGCGGCUUCGUCUUCCUCAAGGGGAAGGUCUACGGGAUCGGCAAGAUUUACCUGGGAAGAGCUCGUGGCGAGUAUGCCAGAGUGAUCUUUGCCCAUACUUAUCUCUCCAAAACAGUCAAGCCUGAAGGAUGGACCAACUGGAGGUUCUCCGGAAAUGAAUCGAACUUGCUGUAUGCGGAGCACGAGUGCCAUGGCCCUGGAGCAGUGAUUGAUGAGAGGGUCCCGUGGUCCAAGCAACUAACCAGCAAAGAAGCUGAGCCCUACUUGGGCAUAGACUGGAUUGGUGGCAAAGACUGGUUGCCUGUGUACUAAAUGGACUUGAAAGCAUGAUUCCCAUGACAAUGGAAUCUAAGUUAUAAAAGCAUGAGAGGAUACAAUUCUUCUCUUUGUAGAAUGAAGAUUUGGCUGUUCUUAUUUGUUUUUUCUCCGGGAUCGACCAUUGUUGUGUUGUCACCCUCCUAGAUGAAACCGGGUUGUUGCCGGAACAACUCUCUUCGGAUGGAAUUUCAUCCGUUAAUACAUAUGAUUAAAGAUUUAUUUUGAGAUUC